AAAAAAAAAAAAAAAAAAAAAAAAAAUCUAUUUUGGGCCAGUUUUCCUUUGAAAAAAAAAAAAAAAAAAAAUCAGGAGAUAUCCAUUACCAUUUACCACCAAAUGAAAGCCCAAUUAAUCCUGAAAAAAACAAGGUAUAAUUCACCUGGAUGUACAAAAUAGUUGUGAUGAUAUGUACUGUCAACGUUGCUAAAUUUUACUUUGGCAUUAAGAUUUGUUUUAUCUUAGGUGUGAAGGGGUUAAA